GUCCCUCCCUCUAAAACCACUCUGUGUGGGGAACAUGAGAGCCAGACCAAAGCUCAGAGGAACCAACCUGGACCUCCACCCAGCUCUGUGUCCUUAAAGAGUGACCGGUCUGCAGAUCGUCCCAUUGAUUUUAAAAGCCAGCAGUUGUCUGCUGCAGAGAGGAUUUAUGAGAGAGCUGCUGGACCUGAACCUGAACCCAACUGUGUGUCUUUAAAGAGUGACCGUUCUGCAGAUCGUCCCAUUGAUUUUAAAUCCCAGCCUCUGUCUGCUGCAGAGAGAGUGGACCAAGAGAGCUCAGAGGUUCCCAGUGGUCAGUCUGCGCAGCAGCAUCAAACACACCUGGACUCCAUAUUUAUGCUCUUGGAGGACAAAAUGGUCACUUUUGUGAAGAAAGAACUUAAGAAGAUCCAGAAGGUUCUGUGUCCAGAUUCCCCAGAAUGCUUAGCGAGUCAGACGGACAAUAAUUGUGCAUUAGCGGGUGAGGAUGAAGAGCCGAAUAGCAUCAGAGAAUCAUUUGUGAAGAUCACACUGCAUAUCCUGAGGAGAAUAAAGCAGGAGGAGCUGGCUGACGAAUUACAGAGCAGAACUUUAAUUAGGGACGUUGAGUGGAGUCAGCAUGAACUUAAGUCUAUUCUAAAGAAGAAGUUUCAGUGUGUGUUUGAGGGGAUCGCUAAAGCAGGAAACCCAACCCUUCUGAAUCAGAUCUACACAGAGCUCUACAUCACAGAGGGAGGGACUGCAGAGGUCAAUGAUGAACAUGAGGUCAGACAGAUUGAAACAGCAUCCAAGAAGCUGGACAAUCUGGAGUCUACAAUCAGACAAGAAGACAUCUUUAAAGCCUCACCUGGAAGAGAUGAACCAAUCAGAACAGUGCUGACAAAGGGAGUGGCUGGCAUUGGGAAAACAGUCUUAACACAGAAAUACAGCCUGGACUGUGGAGGAACUCCAACAGUCCCUGAAACCUCCAACAAAGCUCUACUGAGUGGCUGUAACCUCUCAGAGAGAAGUUGUAAAGCUCUGUCCUCAGUUCUCAGCUCUCAGUCCUCUAAUCUGAGAGAGCUGGAUCUGAGUAACAACAACCUGCAGGACUCAGGAGUGAAGAUUCUCUCUACUGGACUGAAGAGUCUGUGCUGCACACUGGAAACUCUCAGUCUGUCAGGCUGUCUGCUCACAGAGGAAGGCUGUACUUCUCUGGCUUCAGCUCUGAGUUCCAAUCCCUCUCAUCUGAAAGAGCUGGAUCUGAGCUACAAUCAGCCCGGAGACUCGGGACUAAAACUGCUGUCGGCAGGAUUGAUGGAUCCAUCCUGGAGACUAGACACUCUCAGGGUGGAGCCUGCUGGAGUCCGAUGGUUGGAACCAAGUCUGAGGAAGUAUUCCUGUCAACUCACAAUCGACACAAACACAGUGAACACAAACCUCCAACUGUCUGACAACAACAGAACUGUGACACAUGUGGACGAGAUUCAAUCAUAUCCUGAUCAUCCAGGCAGAUUUGAUCAACUUCCGCAGCUGCUGUGUAGAAAUGGUCUGACUGGUCGCUGUUACUGGGAGGUCGAGUGGCGAGGAGGGGUUCUCAUAUCAGUGAGUUACACAGGAAUCAGAAGGAAAGGAAACAGUAAAGAUGUUGUGUUUGGGUGGAAUGAUCAGUCCUGGUGUCUCUACUGCUCUGAUGAUGGUCCUGAUUCCGUCAGGCACAAUAACAAAGGAACAUCCAUCAUCGCCUCCGCCUCCUCCUCCUCCUCCUCCUCCUCUGUCUCUAACAGAGUAGCAGUGUAUGUGGACUGUCCUGCUGGCACUCUGUCCUUCUACAGAGUCUCCUCUGACACUCUGAUCCACCUCCACACCUUCAACACCACAUUCACUGAAACUCUUUAUCCUGGAUUUAGAGUCUAUCCUGGUUGUUCUUUGAAAGUGUGUGUAGUUGAGGCAUAAGUGUCCUCCUGUUAGAGAAACACUCUGACUGUUGAACAGAUAGUUCAGUCUGUACAUGUCUGUCUCUUUCACUCAGAAACAUGUUUUCAGAUUCAUGGAUUCAAUCAGUUGAUGUUUGAAACUGUUCUAAAUGAUUCCUUGUAAACUUCUUCCUCUUCAGUCCUUUAAAGAUGGAAGCUCCCAUUAGUACAUGAUCCAGGAUAUCCAGGAUACAGGAUCAUGUUGUUCUUCUGUCUUUUUCCAGUCAAAGCUUCACAGUGAAUAUCAGUAUGUUGUGUUUCUCUGAAACUUAUGAAGGUCACUUUUAAAUAAUAUUAUAUAUAUCUAAUGAUUGAUUCGUGCUGUCAUUUAUGGUAUUUAUUAUAUAGUAAUACUAAAUCAAAGCUGUUGACUUGUGACUGUACAAAAUAGAUGUGAUUUGAGUAAAAGUGCAGAUGUUCCAGA